AUGCAGCUCCAGUUACAAGACAAAGAUCGUCAGCCAAGGACUGUGAUGGAGGUUAACGAGUCCAUGACCCUCGACAUCAAAACGUUCAAAGACGAUCUGACUUGCCUUAAACAGGAGAUUCAUCAGUUUAUGAAGGAGCCUGUUCAGUUAGAGACAGAGACCGAGGCCAAGGUGGAGACCGGGGUGGAGGCCGAGGUGGAGGCCGAGGUGGAGGCCGAGGAAGAGACCAAGGUGGAGGCCGAGGUGGACGUGGAGGUGGAGGAGAAAUAG